GUUUACGUCUUUUUGUUUAUGAUAAGAAAAAAUGAAAUCGUCCCAAUAAUGUGUCAUUAAAUCAAAGGAAAUGAAAGUGUAAUCAAAGAAAUAUAGCUUCAGGAGAGUGAGAUUGAUUCUUUGUAGUGUUCCUCCAAUAUUUGCCUAAGUGUCAAAGUUUUAAAGUAGUUCAAAAACGAAGAACUUGUUUAGUUCAGUCAGGAGUUCACUUUCCAUCAUAGAUAGCGUUUUUCCAUUCUGUGACAUUGCAUUUGCACUUACGAUGCGUUUUGAUGUAUUAGUGAGGUAACAAGAUAUGACAUUUUAAAUCAAUCAAUGUAAAAUCCUCUAGCUAAUUUUUCAAAAGCAUGGUUCAGAGCUCAACUUUGCAGCUGCCGAAAUGGAUUUCUUCGCUGAAUUCAUCGCCACUUUCUUCUCGUACACUGCUCAACUCAGCUUUGAGAGAGCUAGAGAGCUUUUGGAAAAGGAGAGAGAAUUAAAUCGGUCCAACUCUAUGAAACAAUUCAGCGUUAUCCUUGGAAAUUUCAUUGUUGCUGAAAAGUCUUACUUUGAACUUGGAUUUCUCUCAGCUAAGAAUAAGAUUUUUUUAAGGAAGGAUAAUUCUCUGAGAUCUGUGUAUGAAUCACUGCGGACAGAUCUCCAUCGCUUAGAAGAAGGGAAUGCAUCAGAGUCUGUUAUUGGUGUCAUUUCAAAUCAGCUCUGUCAAUAUCUUACUGCCCGCGUCCAACUAGUUGAGUUAUAUGAACGAAUGUAUUCUGUUAGCACCAGUAACAAGCAUAUUAAAUUUGAUGAGCUUUCAGCGCAGGUAGCAGCGAUUGCAGAUGCACAUGCAUAUUCAUUCUCAGAUGUUUUACUGUCACCAAUCAAAGCUUCUUGGAGCUUUGAAUGUGAGGUCUUGAAACAGUUAUUGGCGGCGCAGCAAGAGCUACAAAAUUGGCUCUUUGUUCCUGCUUUAAGCCAUCUCAACACCGCUCAUACGCAUCUUGCUGCUUGGGAGAAAACUUUUCACAGCCGAGAGUCUUGGAAGCUAGCCUUUGGAGCAUCAUUUCUGAAAGGAAACAGCCAGCCUGCCUUAUUCCAAUGGCUAACCAAGUUCAAAAUUAUCACUGUGAACAAGUAUUCGUUAUAUUUUUAUCGUGUCCUGGCUCAACAAACAUCGCUUGGAGAGUUACGGACCAUUUGCAGCAAACACAAUAUAGAUUAUUUCCACAAGUUUCAAAGCCUACAAAAGAGGAUUGAUGCAACUUCAGUCAUGCUAGUAUUUGACCCCAGAGGCCUGAAAAACUGGAAUGGUCCUGGUUAUAAAUUUCCUUCCGAAGAAACAGAGCCUCGCAAUGGUUUAAUCGUCAUUGUCCACUAUCCAUCUAAGUUGAAUGACCGAUUGGCUACCAUUGAAAAAAUUUUAUCUGAAAAGUCUUCAGAGUUGUCGUGUAUUGACAAAGUGGUGACAUGCUAUAGUUCAAAAGAAGGAUACACAUUUUUCAUGAUGAGUAUAGACCCACGCAUCACCCUAGUAGCUAUUUUUGACUCCAAGAGAGAGGACCGAGAAACUGUAAUCUGCAAUUACAUGGCUGACUUUUCCAUUCUACUCAGGUUUAAUAGGCUUUUUGCCAACUUGAAAAUAAGCAAAAUGUGAUAUUCCUAUCAGAACUAAUUUUUAUGACUUGUUUUUAUGACGUGACAGUUACCUUCCUCUGUUAAUGAACUAACUUUGUUUUAAUUUCUUUCUAAUGUGUUCUCCCUUUUCUAUCAUUAUAUCCAUUUGUCUCUUCAAGGAAAUUACUGAAAAUGAGAACCUUUAUCUACUUAAGGUGUUUAUCUGUGAUGCUUCUUUUAUAAUAAAAUGUGGUCAUAUUGUGAAGUCCUUAACAGGAUCGCACCAAGCAGAAAUGAACCAAGCCAAAGCGGCUAUUGUAUAAUUUAAUUGGGCAGUUUCAUUUUUUACAUGAAAAGGGUUUUGCAAAUUUUUGUGCAAAUUUCAGUGACUUUUCUACAUGGCCUGAAUUCUCUAAAAUUUUCAUAAGAAUCCACAGGAACAUUCUUAUGUAAAAAAAAAUUGAAUUGCCCAGCUGAAUUUGGCGAUAGCUGAUGUGGCUUGGUUCCUUUCUGCUAAACAUGGUCCAAUUGUUGGUUCAAGCACGGAACAUUUUUUACAGAAUAUUUAAGAAUAAAUUUUAUACGUUCAAUGUUUUGAAA